AUGGACGGGUCUCUGCCUAACUCGCCCAGUAUGUCGUCCAGUGAUACUUCUAGUAAUGAAGAUGGACUCCGACCAUUUCCUGACGAGAAAGAUCUCGGGGAGUUCAAACUCAACAAACCCAUGGACUAUCCGGACUCUCCUCGGUCCCAUCUCUCCGACAGCUCUGGAAGCGACAGAGGCACUCCGAACAGAUUUUACACCAACAAAAUGAAAGAAACUGCACAAGAGCGUGAAAUCCGUCGAUACCGAACAGCCUUUACCAAAGACCAACUCAACAGACUAGAGAAAGAAUUUUUGAAGGAAAACUAUGUUUCUCGUCCAAAAAGAUGCGAACUAGCAGCGUCCCUGGGACUCGCUGAAUCCACUAUAAAGGUUUGGUUCCAAAACCGAAGAAUGAAGGACAAGCGCCAACGAAUGGCACUCACAUGGCCCUACGGUAUUCCCCCAGAUCCUCAGCUGUACGCUUACCUUGCAGCCGCUGCCGCUACAUACCCGUACAAUCUCCAACAUCCAGCUGCUCUUCCGUAUCCAAGCAUGAGUCUUCCACAUGGACUUCAACCAUCAACGAGUUCGGCUUUCACUCCAAUGGCUGUAUCCAGUCCUAUUCCUCCCAGACUUGAUGUAUUGUCAUCAAUGUCAAGUCCAUUAUACAGACCUAUUCCAAGUUUAGACACAAGUCCGUCGUUUUCUACUUCACCACCAAGCCUCCCAUUUCCUCCCAGAAUGCAUUUUCCUUGGAUGGAACAUUCCCCUAGCAUAUGUGAUGCGAAUUCCGGAAAACCUUGUACGUGUCCGGUGCCUUCUCUUGGACUUUACCCUCCACCUGCUCCUGGACUUUUGUCUACCUCCCUCAGUUCGUCACACCCCUUGUUACACAAGCGCGAAAUGGAAAGUUCGUCGCGGUGA